AUCGGCUCCAUCAUGUGAUCAGCUGUGUCCAAUCACAGUUGAUCACAUGGGACAUGUACACUGAUCAUCAGGGCACUGAUGAUCAGUGUGCCCUGAUGAUCAGUGUGGCCCCAGAAGUGCCACCUGUCAGUGCUCAUCAGUGCCAGUGCCCAUCAGUGCCACGUGCUAGUGCCCAUCAGUGCCACAUCAAUGCCACAUAUCAGUGCCCAUCUGAGCUGCCUUUCAAUGUCACCCAUCAAUGCCAAUCAGUGCCACCUAUCAGUGCUGCCAAUCAGUGCCAGUCAGUGCUGCCAGUGCCGCCUGUCAGUGCCAGUCAG